UUUUUGAUGUUGCGCAAUUUUAUUUUAAAGUUUUCUUCAUUAAAUAAUUGUUCAUUUUUACAUUUAACAAAAAAAACUUUUUUAAUGUCUACAGCGGUUUCUACUGAUUCUGUUGAUCCGAUUCAAGAACAAUAUUUGACAGAAAAUUGUAUACAAGUGGACCGUAAUGAUGGAAUAAUUGGCCCAGUUUCAAAAAGAGAAUGUCAUAUGAAUCCUUUGUUACAUAGAGCCUUUAGCGUAUUUAUUUUUGACAAAGAACGUCGUAUGCUUUUACAAAAACGUUCAGCUACUAAAAUUACUUUUCCUUUGGUUUGGACAAAUUCUUGUUGCAGGUUUUUUCCUUUUUCAAUUUAUUUUUAUAUAUUUUUUAGUCACCCACUUUUUGGGAUUGAACAAAAUGGUGUUGAUGGAGUUAAAGUUGCUGCAAAGAGAAAAUUGUUGCAUGAACUUGGAAUUGACACUGUGAAUGUUGGUGAUAUGGAGGUUAUGGGACGUUUUAUAUAUUUGGCACGAUCUGAUUCUAUUUGGGUUGAACAUGAAUUGGAUUACGCGAUAAUAGUUACCAACUUUGAUGCGGCGUUCAAGCCUAAUCCUGAAGAGGUUUCUGAAGUUCGUUUUGUUACUCCAGAUGAACUUAAUGAAAUGUUUAUUGGUGGCAAGGAACUUUUCUCUCCUUGGUUCUCUCUUUUUUACAAAUUUCAUUGGCUCAAAACCUGGUGGGAGAAACUUGAUGAUUUGAAGUCUGUUCGUGAAUCAGAUGAUGUUAUUCACUCUUUGAAUUGA